AUAAAACACAUUUGGAUGUUGAUAUUGGACCAAUGGAAAUGCCUAAUUUUUAUUAUUUUUCGGAUUCUUUUUAGAGUUGGUGGUUCCAAGAUUUCAUUCAGAAUGACUUUAGGAAAGGAAAUGAUGUCUCCUCUUCAGGCAAUGUCUUCUUAUACUGGGGCAGGCAGAAAUGUUUUAAGAUGGGAUCUUUCACCAGAGCAAAUUAAAACAAGAACUGAGGAGCUCAUUGUGCAGACCAAACAGGUGUAUGAUGCUAUUGGAAUGCUUGACAUUGAGGAAGUAACUUACGAGAACUGUUUGCAGACACUGGCAGAUGUAGAAGUGAAGUAUAUAGUGGAACGAACCAUGCUAGACUUUCCCCAGCAUGUCUCCUCUGACAAGGAUGUACGGGCAGCAAGUACAGAAGCCGACAAAAAACUUGCUCGUUUUGAUAUUGAGAUGAGCAUGAGAGAUGAUGUAUUUCUGAGAAUUGUUCAUUUACAGGAAACCUGUGAUCUAGGGAAGAUAAAACCUGAAGCCAAACGAUACUUGGAAAAAUCCGUUAAAAUGGGAAAAAGGAAUGGGCUCCAUCUUCCAGAACAAGUACAAAAUGAAAUUAAAGCAAUGAAGAAGAGAAUGAGUGAGCUAUGUAUUGAUUUUAACAAAAACCUCAGUGAGGAUGAUACCUUCCUUGUAUUUUCCAAGGCUGAACUUGGUGCUCUUCCUAGUGAUUUCAUUGACAGUUUAGAAAAGACAGGGAAUGACAAGUAUAAAAUUACUUUAAAAUAUCCACACUAUUUUCCUGUCAUGAAGAAGUGCUGUAUCCCUGAAACCAGAAAGAAGAUGGAAAUGGCUUUUAAUACAAGGUGCAAAGAGAAAAACACUGUAAUUCUACAGCAGCUACUCCCCCUGCGGGCCCGAGUAGCCAAACUGCUGGGCUACAGCUCACAUGCCGACUUCGUCCUUGAGGUGAACACUGCAAAGAGUACCAGCCAUGUGGCAGCCUUUCUAGAUGAUUUAAGCCAGAAACUAAAACCCCUGGGUGAGGCAGAACGAGAGUUUAUUCUGAAUUUGAAGAAAAAGGAAUGUGAAGAGAGAGGUUUUGACUAUGAUGGGAAAAUCAAUGCCUGGGAUCUACAUUAUUACAUGACUCAGACGGAAGAACUCAAGUACUCUGUAGACCAAGAGAUCCUCAAGGAGUACUUCCCCAUCGAAGUGGUCACAGAAGGCUUGCUGAGCAUUUACCAGGAGUUGCUGGGACUUUCAUUUGAGCAAGUGGCAGACCCUCAUGUGUGGAAUAAGAGUGUUACACUGUACACUGUGAAGGAUAAAGCAACAGGAGAAGUAUUGGGACAGUUCUACUUGGACCUCUAUCCAAGGGAAGGAAAAUACAACCAUGCAGCCUGCUUUGGUCUCCAGCCCGGCUGCCUCCUCCCUGAUGGGAGCCACAUGAUGUCGGUGGCCGCCCUUGUGGUGAACUUUACCCAGCCACUGGCAGGUCGCCCCUCUCUCCUGAGGCAUGAUGAGGUGAGGACCUACUUCCAUGAAUUUGGUCAUGUCAUGCAUCAGAUUUGUGCACAGACUGAUUUUGCACGGUUUAGUGGAACAAAUGUGGAAACUGACUUUGUAGAGGUGCCAUCACAAAUGCUUGAAAAUUGGGUGUGGGACAUUGAUUCCCUUCGAAGACUGUCAAAACAUUAUAAAGAUGGAAACCCUAUUAUGGAUGAUCUACUUGAAAAACUUGUUGCUUCUAGACUGGUCAACACAGGUCUUCUGACUUUACGCCAGAUUGUUUUGAGCAAAGUUGAUCAGUCUCUCCACACCAACACAUCGCUAGAUGCUGCAAGUGAAUAUGCCAAAUAUUGCACAGAAAUUUUAGGUGUUGCCGCUACUCCAGGCACAAAUAUGCCAGCUACCUUUGGACAUUUGGCAGGGGGAUAUGAUGGCCAGUAUUACGGAUAUCUUUGGAGUGAAGUAUUUUCUACAGACAUGUUUUACAGCUGUUUUAAAAAAGAAGGGAUAAUGAAUCCAGAGGUUGGAAUGAAAUACAGAAACCUAAUCCUGAAACCUGGGGGAUCUCUGGACGGCAUGGACAUGCUCCAGAAUUUCUUGAAACGUGAGCCAAACCAAAAAGCGUUCCUAAUGAGUAGAGGCCUGCAUGCUCCAUAAACUGGGGAUCUUUGGUAGCAGUCCAUGUCUGGAGGACAAGUCCGCAUCACCAUGUGUUACUGGCCUGGAAACUGAAGGGAGUUUUGCAAAUGAAAGUUUAGAUUUCUAUUAACCGCCUUUUUUUUUUUUUUUUAAUACAGAUGUAAAUGGAAUUAUAAAUACUGUGUCCUAAGAAAAGACACAUUAGAAAAGAAUUGUACUAUAAAAUUUCAUAAAAAUGGAUUUGAUUUCUUUUUAUAAAAGCUUCAUAUGAAUAUAAUUUGAUUUUUUACUAUUAUAACGUAGGUAAUAUAAUACAAGAGGGCUAAGAUUUUUUAAUUGAAUCAUAUACAUUAUAUAAUUUGAUCCUUCUUAUCUUGAAGUUUCGUACUUGAUAAAUGAAUCAUCACAUUCCUGUGGUAAAAUUUUCUCGAAACCCUGCUUCAGCUUUGACUCUCUGCCUCACAGUAAUGUGUGACCUCUUUGCCUGCAUAUGUCAAGGCCAGGGGGAUAUGCUCAGUAAUGCAUUUAUCUUUGUAUUUCAGGCGUUACGAUUCCCAACUUUCUGCCACACUUAAAUUAUGUUCCUCCAUUUGGGUUUGUCUUUUCUGUCUGAAGUACAGCCAGAGUACCAAAAAAUUACCAGUUUUAAUUGAACUGGCCUAAUGUGUCUUGCAAGUUUUUAUCUCGUGUUAGAGGAGUUGGGAUCUUUUAUUAGAGGUUCGUUACCAUUUUGGCAUACAAGAUGAUCAGUUUUCCUAUUUGGCAACGAGAACACAAAAGCAAGUCCAAGGUAUGUUUCUCUUCUCAUGUUUCUAAUAAGUGGUAGGACUUUGCCUCCUUUACUGCCACCUCACCUUAAGUGGCAAGUAAAUAUGUCACAAAUGGAUAAUCAGAGCAAGUGGGUGGAGAGCUGAAGCUGAUAUGGGGCAUAAAGAGUUUAGAAACUCCAGAAGAGGAGUGGGAUCUGUACAGAAGUGUUUGAGGACAGCUGCUCCAAAAUGUUAAGUGUGCUCAAACCCAGCCAUGGGAGGAGGCUCUAUGUAACCUGUUUUGUCUGGUGACUUUUAUUUUAAAUGAACCUUUGGAACUCUCUUUAACUCUCCUUACUGUGGGCCGAAACUCCAACUUACAGCAGAGCAAUAAACACACAGUGCUUAUUUUUCUUCUUUUCAGUAAGGAAACCAAAGCAGGAUAAUAAAAUUUUUUUCAUUAAAAAAAAACUGAAUAUUCUCUGAUAGGUCUUCCAGUUCUUUCCCACUGUGUACCUAAUGUAUGACUUUGCUGGCCAGGGACAAAGUUAGAACCUUUCUAUUCUGUAGUCCAGAUGGACUUUGUGCGAAAUAAAAGUAUAUAUAUAUAUUAUGUUGCAUAAUGAAAUUCUAGACACCAGGAAAAAAUAAGAGCUAUACCGACACAGAAAAAAAUUCCAGGAUUAUUACUGUCAAGCAAAUACAUUAAACAUCCACAUGAGAUCCUACCGUCUCUUCUUUCCCCCAAAGCAGUUGUUUUGGUCUUAGCAACCUGUGGCCCUUUUCUCAUAUCUUUUUUUCCCCAGAUUGUUCUGUUUUCCAGAUUCAAACAAAAACUCUUCUUCAGCUUUUUCUAUUGCCCAAUGUGUCUCCUUAACAAGAACUUUAUCAUUUAAAAUUUUCACUUUUUUCACAUGGGAAAACAAAUACUUGGUGUGAAAAAGGCUGCACACAAUAAAGUUGCAUUACUAUCCACAAGAAAGAACUCACAUUUCUUUCAUACUUCAAUGUUAUGACUGAAAUGCAUAAGAAAACAAAAGCUCUGUGGUGUUCUUUUAGGUAGCGUCCACAUCUAAUAUUUAAAAUCUACCACAAGUACAGCAACAAAAUCAAAUGCUUAUUCUCCUGCAUAAUCCAAAACUAGGGACUUAUUUUUAAAACCUUUUUGAAUGUGGCCGUCCAUCUGCUUUUUUUUUUUUUUUUUUUUAAAUCAGAUCAUAGAGUAUAAGUGAAGCAUUCUGAGUGAUGGGUGACUAUAAAAGUUGUAACUGACUGACCUUUUAUGGACUGAACCACAUAUAAUAAAGUCUGUCUUGGUUAUUGAUCCAAGAGAUUUAGGCCUGCUCCAGGUUUUAGGGACAUCGUUAAGUUGGUAAGGGCAACUUCUUCAACACCUUAUGUUAAUAUGUAGUAAUAUUGAUUCCUAAAGGUUUAAUUUUAAUAUGCUACAGAGAAGAAAAAGAAAAGUCAUGAUGUUAUGCCACCUAAUAUAGGUUUUUUUUCUCUAGUACAAAUAUUACAUGUUACCUAGGUAAAAAAGUAAAAAUUACUUAAAGAAUUAUCACCUGAGCUAUUUACAUUAAAUCUUACCUUUAUAAAACUAGUAUGAUGAAAAGGGGAUAUGCAUAGGUCUUUAGCAUUGACAAACUGCAUUGUGUAAUAGGCCAAAAUAGGGAAAGUAGCUCUUUUAAAAAAAUAAUAUGAUUUUGUACUGUGUAUUUGCCUUAACUAGUAGGGAAUGACUUAACUUUCUACUUUACCGUUUUGCCUUUAGCCUUUGUGAAGUGAUCAUGCCCAGUGGAUCAGCUGGUUUGUUUAUGACCAUUUUUCAUUUUUUGCUUUUCUGCCCUGCACAAAAAGAAUUUUUUGUGCUCCAAGGAUUUAGAGUUAAAAGAAUGUUAAAAGAGAAACUCUCUCAGCAGAAUAGAUGCAAUGACCAAAGCCUCUUCCUCAACACAUUACAGUUACGCGUCUCCCAUCUGAAACUGGGGAUCCCCUCAAAAUUGAAUAUGCCUCCUCUUAUGAAAGUCUGAUGAAAAUAAAGGCAAAAAAGAUGUGCAUGCUUUCAUUUUCUUUGAAAAACAGUGCCCAGUUUACUUUUUCAGUCACCUUUAAUGGAGAUAUUUCCACUGGUGAUUAUCUGGUACCAACUCUGUCAAGACAAGGAUAAAGAUUUUAAAAUCUAAAUUCUAGAUCAGUGUAGCCUUUUCCAACACACCCACAAUACUGCUAUAAAUGGAGACGUUGUAAAAAAGUCUUUGAGAAAUUGAAGUAAUGAACACAAUUCCUCCCACAGCCUCCAGUGAGUAUUCGUGAUUUUUUUCUUUGGUUGUGUUUACCUCCUAGUUCCCUUUCCUGAUAAAAUAUAGGUCCAGCAUGGCUACCCACUGUGUGUGCACCAGACAGGAAGAGGUGACUGUAAUGCAGGCUCACCUAAAAUUUUACUGCCAUGAUAAGAUGUCUCUAGAAUUUGUCAUCAGAGAAACUAUGGCUUGGACUGAUUUAAAGAUAUAGAGUUCACUGAAUCCAACAAGACACUUGACAUCUUUGUGCCUGAGAUGGAGGCUGUGAUUGGAUAAUCGCUAGCCAGAUGGGCUCCUAGCUUUUGGAACAACCUGAGAUCAUUGAAUAAAGAUUUGUAAUUUCCAGUCUUUUGGAUGAAGACUCAAGAAAUUCCACAGAAGGUAUUACCAGAUUUACAGAUAACACUGGAAUGGUUAAAUAUGAUAAGAUUUAAAAUUAUUUCAGUGCUGAGGUAAAUUCAAGAUGAAAUUGGACACAUUCCAUUGCCAAGGUAAAAGGAGGAGAAACCUGACUUGAGAGUGGUACUCGGGAAAAAAAACCUGGCAGUUUUAUUUAACCAAAUUCCAAUAUAAGCCCACAGUACAGAACACCUUGAGAGGGGAACAAGAUGAGAACUAAAGCCUGUACAAGUGUUUUGGGAGAAGGAUGUGUCUAGAUCAAGAGAAUCCCUCUGGACCCUGGGGCAGUAAGAUGAGUCACAGCGGGAAUGUCGUGCUCUAUUCCAGGGGUUGCACUUGAAGCAGGCUUCUGCCUAGCAUUACAGUGUCUGUCAGAGUAGGAACAGGAGGGCGAGGACUUUGAAAAUACUUCUCAAGAGGAAUACAUAGGAAAAUUAGGGAAGUUCGGUCUGCGGAUGAAUUCAGAAAUAGGAGUAACAGCUGUUUUCAAACAUUUGAAGGAUAUAAGAGAAAAUACGAUUAUUCUGCAUUGCUUUAAAAGUCAAAGCUUAGAGAAAUGGUUCAAAUAUAUAAGGGGGCUAUAGAUCAGUAUGAGGAAUUGUUUCUAAUAAUUAUUGUUGAUUACAAAUCCAUUCUGCUGCUGUUAGUGGGUAUGCAAACAAAGCCCGUGGCUGCCAGGUGAGUUACAGAGGAGAUUCCUCCUUUCAGUAGACAUUUGUGCCAGAUCAGCUCUGAGGUCUCAGCCAAAGUUUCAGAUCCAACAAAUAAAUGAUCAUCAGAAAACACCAUUCAGGUGAAAGAAAUGUUUACAUCCUGGAUCCUGAAGAUGGCAUUUAGAAGGCUGCAACUCCCUCACACUUCAGGGAUGGUCUAAGUGUCGCCUUACUCCUCAGCCAGUGCGUACACAGAGGGUAUUAUCAUACUGCUUAUGGAUAAUAUGCUCAUUGAGAAUUGGAGACUAAUAGUUGUAUAUGACCAUAAUAAAUGUAAAAGUCCUUAUAGCAUGAAUAAAGGUUCAUUUUCUUCUU